AAAAGCGACUUUGGCAGCACUGCUGGCAUCUCUACGGGACUGACAAUAAUAAAUAAGAAAAAAAAACAAUUGCUCCAAUGGGUCGCCCAGAGCUACCAGGCGAUUGUGGCGAAGAUCCACAUUUUCAAACGCCCACUAUCGAACAUCCACAUAUACAAGAACAAAGUGAAGACAGCGAUGACUCAAACGCAUAUGAUGGCUACCAGCCUCUGGCCAUGGAUGUGGAGGAAUCUAACGCAGGAGGCAGUGGCAGUGAGCCUGAGCACAUAGAUGAUGCAGACAUUGAUUUAACAACAGCGCCUGUAACACAUGGUGAUCCCAACAUGCCGCCAAUUGAAAGUGCGGAUGUGGAAAUUGAACGUCAGGUGUGGAGUGAACCCCGACCACAAGAGCUGCAACUGGAAUUGGACAAGUCGCGUACCGAACAGAUACUCAAAGCAAUGUCAAAGAUAACAUUGCCUAAUGUAACACUUAGCACAAUAUCCGCGCCCAGAGCUUCGUUGCGUGCCAUGGCAUAG